CGUGACAUCUGUGCUGCUAUACGCCCAUGAAACUUAGUGUGUAUCAGUGGAGAACACGCAACAACUGCAGGUCUUCAUCAAUAGAUGCCUACGGUAUAUAAUUCGUGUAUGGUGGCCUCACAAUUGGAUCUCCAACGUGGAGCUCCAUCGUCGAUGUCAUCAAAAGUCGAUAGCGACAGAAAUUCGGGAGCGAAAGUGGAGGUGGGUCAACCACACUCUACGCAGGGGCAGAAACGAAAUCUGCAAACAAGCGUUAGACUGGAACCCAGCAGGACAUCGCAACAGAGGCAGACUCAGAAGCUCAUGGCGGCGCAGCCUCAGCAAGUCGACAGAAAUUUGAUCUGGCCACAGGUCAAGCGAUGGCUGGCAAUCGCCCAGAAUGGAAAUCUUUCAAUUCGGCCCUCUGCACCACCGUGGGUGGCCUGGACUGAAACUACCGUCUAACGUGAUACGCUACGUUCCCGUUCCGAAGAUUUUCGCAUGCAGGUCCAACAGCUUCAUCAUCGUUUUGGCCGAAUAGAUGCACAGCGGAUAGUGAGGAUAACAGUGCUCGAAGUCCG